GUAUUUAUAGGGAGUAAAUGAAAAGAUUAUGAUGUUGGUAAUACUUGGUGGUUGGUAAUUUUGACAUUGUAGCUUCCGACAAGUCAACAUUGUCUCCUCCUCGAAUCUCCAUCACCCCCGCGAACCAGAAUUUCGAACUCCCAAUACGUCGUGAUGUUGCUUCAUCGCCGUCUUCUUCUUCAUCAGCUCGUAAUCGGCUGCCUAUUGGUGCUGGCGGCUUCUCACGAAGAGUCUGGUGAGUGGCACUGCGAGCCCGACGACGAGGCCCGAAUCUCCGCCCAAUUCAGGCCCGGGAUCGUCACUGUCGACGGCCAUGCCGACGACUGGGCUGACGUCGAUGGUUUCGAGUUCCCGCUGCGGCCAGCGCUCGACCCUGAUGAAGAUAAACAAUACAAAGAUGGAAAAAUGGCCGUUAAGGCUUUGCAUGAUGGGACGGAUGUUUACUUCUUGUUGCAAGUUGAUGGAGAUUAUGUGUACUCCAAAGGAGAUGGCCAUAUGUGCCCAUCAGUAGCCUUGAUGUUUCAAGUUGGAGAGAGUGCUACUUAUCAUAAUAUGGGUGGAUGCAAGGAAUCACCUGAUACAUGCAACUACACAAGUUGCCGUGGCCAUGAAGUCGACAUCAUGCACUUCUCUAUUGGAAACUCUAUUCCAGGAAGAUUGUAUGGUGGCAAUUCCAUUAAUGAAGAGGGUAAAGAUGACAGUGUUGGUCUGGUCGAUAUGUUUUCCUGGAAUCCACACUGUCGAAACAUAGAUGGUAGUGGUCCUUCAGGAAAUAGUUCUAUUUCACAGAACGACUGGAAAGGUGCAUGGUGGCACAGCAGUUUCUCAACCCAUACCGGAUAUAUUGAGGUUGACAGUCCUUAUGGAUCAUCUGGUGAGAAAGGCACAUAUUACUUUGAAUUCUCUCGGCCUUUGAGAACCAUGGAUCUUCUUCAACAGGAUGCUCAAUUUAGUAUUGGACAGUCAAGCAAAUUCUCGGCCGCAUUGUGGUACCCGGGUGAGGGAAAUCCAUGGCAUGGUUCAGCUCAUUAUACAGUGAGCUGCGAUUGGGUGGCGAUGGACGUGGUUCGUGGCUACUCCACACAAGGGACAGUAGGAUCUUGGGAUGCAGCCAGUGCCUUUGCUUUUGUGAUUUCUGUUGUUGCCUUGGCCAUAUCCAUCUUUGUGGGUUACUUGUUGGUUUCUAAAUCAAAAGCCAUCGCUUUUAGCCCAAUCGACCGCCUCUGAAUUUUUCCCUUCCAUUUUUUUCUUCAACACUCUUGAUUGCCUCUUUCUUUUCCUACAUCUAUAAGACUUUGUAAUUCUAGUUUAUUUUUUGUAGAAGAAAACUCCUUGACAUUGUACUAUUUUACAGCAUUGUAAAUAUCUCCAAUUUAUAGAGAUUUGAAUCUGGUAAUAGUGAAGUAACAAUUCAAAUUUUUGUUGUAA